GCGACAGUGACUUCCGAGCCUGACUAUACAGCGCAGGACCAUGGCCCAGGCGGCUCCGGAUUGGCACCUGGGGAGUAACCUCCAGCGAGAGGCCCAGAUUCAGUCUGCAGAGAUCUCCCUUCUGGCCAUCCUGGCUGCUGUUCAGGCUGUGGAGAAGAAGAUAGAAUCCCAGGCUGUCCAGCUUCAAGGCCUGGAAGUGAGAACAGGGAUAGCUGAGAAGAAGCUGGCUGACUAUGAGAAGACAACUGUGGAGUUCAGCAACCAACUAGAGGGCAAGUGGGCCGUGCUGGGGACCCUGCUGCAGGAGUACGGGCUGCUGCAGCGGCGGCUGGAGAACCUGGAGAACCUGCUGCGCAAUGGGAGCUCUUGGAUCCUGCAGCUGCCCCCUGGCAGCAAGGGGGAGGCACCCAAGGUGCCCAUGACAACUGAAGAGGUGGCCAUGUGUUUCUCAGAGCAGCAGAAGGGUAGCUUACAAGAGCGGAAGAAGGCGCUCUGCAAGCAAGUGGCAAAGGAAAGCUGCAAGACUCUGGGCUCUCCAGACACCAAACCAGAGCACGUGACCCCAGUGGAGAGGGGAGAUGAGGUGGGCAGCCACAGCCUGCCCAGUGCAGAGGGCAGCAAGAGCCCAGGCACUGAAACAGAACAGCUGGGAUCUCCCCCAGGCAGUCUGCCCUGGAUCAAGCAAGAGGAAGAAGAAUGUGGGAGGAACCUGCAGGAGACGACCACUGCACACCCUGCACUCCCGUGCUCAGCACAGACCUGGCUAGCCAGCAAAGAGAAGAACAGCCUGGAUGGGGAGUCCGAGGUCCUGAAGCCAGCCUGGGCAGCUGAAGGGGGACCUGGCAAGGAGGACGUGCAGGGGGGCACUUGUGGAGAUCUGCCUCAUGCCACAAGGGAAAAAGAGAUGACCUCCUGCCCUCCAGGUCCCCAGAGCCAGGCUGUGCCAGAGCAGUGCUGGCCCUGUGCUGAGCAUGCCCAGAACUUCAGCAACAGCCCCAUGACAUGCAGUGCACAGCAGGCGUGCUCACACCACGACCCCCAGCCCUUCACCUGUGUGCCGUGUCCCAAGAGCCUGCCGCAGCAGGCUGCCUUCACCAGCCACAGCAGUGCGCACACAGCCCAGCGUGCCUACACCUGUGCCCAGUGUGGCAAGAGCUUUGUUCAUCAGUCGACGCUCACCACACACUACCGCACGCACACUGGGGAGAAGCCAUAUGAGUGCGCCGAGUGCGAGAAGCGCUUUGGCCGCCUGUCCACGCUGCUGGAACACCGUCGCACACACACCGGCGAGCGGCCGUUCCCAUGCACGCAGUGUGGUCGAUGUUUCGGCCGUCUGUCCACACUGGUGGAGCAUCGUCGCACACACACGGGUGAGAAGCCCUUCCCAUGUACACAGUGUGACAAGCGAUUCACACGCCUGGCCAACCUGACUGUGCACCAGAGCGUGCACUCCGGGGAGCACGCCUUCCAGUGCACCCAGUGUGGCAUGUGCUUUGCACACAAGCCCACCUUUCUGCAGCACCUGCGUGGCCACUCACAGGAGAAGCGCUUUACCUGUGGCCAGUGUGGCAAGAGCUUCAGCUGUCGCUCAUGGCUCAUGCGCCACCAGGGCAGCCAUGCCAGCCAUUCGUCCUCUGCUUGUACAGCUUGGGAGAGAGGCUCUCCAAAUCCUGAGCCACCCACAGGCCUCCUUAGAGGUGCACCAUGGGGAAGGUCCCCCAGUGACCCUUCUGUUCCACCCAGAUCCGAGGAUAUUGGAACUGAGUGGGACCACAGGGUGCACCCUGGGGGCAGUCAGCUGAGUGGCAGUGAUCAGGAAGAUUUGCGAGGGUCCCUGCAUAGUUUUCUUUCUAGUGUGAAGAUGGAGAAUGCUGGGUAGCACCCAGAGAGCUCCCUAAGGUGACUACUGAGGACACAGAGAUCCUGAGUGCCCCUUGGAUCCAAGCUACCGCUCUUAAGGGGAGCAUGUUGGUUCUGUGGAGUGUAUGGUGCUGCCCGGUAGGACUUGCCGGGGGGCUGUUCUUCCAGGGACUGAGUAGACAAAGUGCCCAGAAGACUUCUUGCUGCAAGGAGGCUAUGUGGGGGACUGGAGGCAGGGCCCUCUGUA